AUGAUGUAUUCACUCAUCUUCACAAAAAUCCAAGACCGCGAGAGCGUUGGUCGGUUUAUUGACAAGUCACUGCAACUACACAAGGCACCGAAAAUACAAACCCUGAAGGUGGAACUGGGUCCACGAUGUCUUGUUGACGUAGAUGUCAGUAAGUGGGUUGAGAAGGCAGUGAACGAGGGUGUGAAAGGCUUAAAUUUCAAGCUCCUCUGGAGAGGAGAGCCCACAAGCUUCCCAAAGAGCCUUUACACAUGCGACACGCUAGUCCGUUUAGGUCUAUCAGACAAGAUUCUCGUGGAUGUUUCUUUCCAGGCUAGCCUACCAUCUCUCUUAUAUCUGCAUCUUUUCAACGUGGUCUACAAAGACGAAGACUCUCUUGCUAGGCUUUUAUCAAGUUGCCCUCUUCUCUUUGAACUGUCGGUUCAACGACGUAGACGUUGUGGGCAAGAUAGGGAAGACAACUUGACAAACUUUACCGUGAAAGUGCCUUCUUUGAAAAGAUUAUGUUAUUUGACUCUCUGGCUAGAGAAAGAGCAAGAGCUAGUGGGACGAGAGCAACAGCAGGAGCAGCAAGAGCAAGGGCAAGAGCAAGAGCAAGAGCAAGUUCAAGAGGAAGAGGAAGAGGAAGAGGAAGAGGAAGAGGAAGAGGAAGAUGAAGAUGACACUGGGUCGUUGGUAAUAGAUGCACCUGGGUUAACAUAUUUACACUUACUUGACUAUUGGGAAGACUAUUGUAGUGUGGUGGAGAAUAUGCCUUGCCUUGAUUACGGAUGCAUCUAUGCUCCUAACCCUGAUGAGAAGAUAAUGAGACGUGUUUCUUCUCUCAGAAGUCUGAAAUGGUCUAGUUCCGAAGCAACGGCUGCAUGUUGUAACGGAGUUGAGUUCCCUUGGCUCACAGAUUUAAUCUUUAAUGCAGAAGUUACAUCAUAUUGGUUGGAACCAAUUGUUGUUUUGCUUCAAAACUCUCCUAAACUGAAAACUCUUACGAUGGUCACCGGGGGAUGUCCCACAUCUUCGUGGAACGAGCCGAGUACUAUUCCGGGGUGCUUAUCGUCUCAUCUAGAGAAUGUUAAGUGGGAAGACUAUGAAGGAAAAGAAGAUGAGAAACAACUAAUGACAUACAUUCUCGCCAACUCAAACUGUUUAAAGACCGUCGAAAUCUCCUUCAUAGCCACUUGUAAUCUUACAAAGUGCCAAAAAGAGUUAGAAUCUAUGCCUAGGGUUUCAACAUCAUGUCAGCUUCUUUUGGAAUACGUUCCCGGAGAUCAAUUACCCGAAACCACCCUUCCUUUGGUGAAUCCUUACGAAUACUUUUUACGGAAGCCAAGCACCUUUUCGCUCAAAGGUGUCUGA